AUGCGGGCAGGUGGCGACAGCGCUAGACACGCACCCCACCGGGCCACUGCGGUCGCCCCCCUGGAUCGCCCGUCGUACCACACCAUUCCCCCCCUGGAGCCCCGGCUGCCACCCCCCCGCCUGUUGGCCGGCGCACGCCCACCCGCCACGCACCGGCGCCUCCAACCCCCCCCCGCGUGGAUCUCCCGUCCCUCACGCUGCCCACGCCGACCUGUCCCCCCCCCGCCGCCCCCCACCGCAAUCCCGCCCGUAGGAGGUAACCCCCCCCCUGGCCCACGGGAACCGCUCCCCCCCCCCCAGCAUGCCCGCGCGCCCCCCCUGCCCCUUCCAAGCGCCGGGUUACCCGCAAUCCGCCUACCAGCCCUUGCGCUCGGCCCCCCACCCUCCCCCCCUCACCCUCGCCCCGCCGCCCUCGACUGCAGUGAGAACCCCCGGCCGGGGGGCGAGCCCCCCCGGUGCCCUCUCGCCACCACCCACCGUGUGGCCGUCACCCGUCGCCCCCUUCGCCCCCAGAGUGCACGCUCGGGGCGCACCACAAAUACACCCCCCCACCACAGAAAAACGAAGGCCCCCCCGCGACUGACUGCCCAACACAGCCCCCCUCGCCCCGGAACGCCCGCCCAGCUACCCGGUCCUCCUGUACUGCGGUACCGGUACCGCCCCCCACCGGAGCAGGGAGCGAUCCCCUGCCGCACCCCGAGCCGGCUCCCUCCUCCCCGGGGGGGGCGCGACAGGCCGACCCCGCGGAGGUUCACGCCCCCCGCGCGAUCGCGCCCCGCAUCCGCCUCCCCCGUGGGCCGCCACUGCCGCCCAUCCGCGGCGCUUCCCCGAUGCCCUCCCCUUCGGUGUGGGUGGGGGGGGCGCGCCCCGAUGCCCCGUCGCCCCGGAGCGCGUGUCACUCCGUCCGCAAUCCCCCCUCCCUCGGCGCCUCCGCCCGCCCCGCCUAGCCCGGUCCCCCGCUGGUGCCCCGCGUGGCCCCCCCACCGCGCGCGCCUGCCCCGUCCGCUGAAGCCCGUGAGUCCGGGACCCCUCCCCCCCCCCCGCUCCGCCUCGCCGCGGGGGAGGGGCUCCCGUAAGACUCUCACGGAAACCCCACGUCUGGCCCCCAUCCGGACCACGACACGCGAGCCCCUACCGCCACCGCUACCGCGGCACGUGAAAAAACGCCGCUCCCCCCCCCCCACUACCGGGUUCCCACCGCGCUGCCGCGGCCGGCCCCCGGCGCCCCCAUGGUAUGCGCCCGGGCCGGCCCCGCCCCCACUCCCCCCAGGGCCCGACCGCGCCACGCCCUGCCCCUCGGCCCGCCCCCGCGGGCGACCCAUGGUCACCGCACCCAGGUGUGCCGAGCGCCCCGGCUCGCCGAAACGUGACCCCGCACACGGGCCCGGCCCGGAGGCUCUCGUCCCCGCCUGUUCUGGUGGGGCCCCCCCGCUGGUGGUGGCGUCGGGCCCGUCUGGGCCCGCCGAGGUGCCACGGGCCGACCGGCCGCGCCCCGCGGAGAGGACACACGUGCCGCCGCGCGAGGCUAGUUGCCGGGGGACAGGGUCCCACCCGCCCCCCCCGGGGGCAGCCGCCCCGCACAGCGUGGUGCCCCGGCCCCGCCGUCCCAGCGCCCGGCCCAUCCCCGAGCACCUCCGGGGCGGCCCCCAGCCCCGGCGACCACCGGCCGCCGGCAGCGACAGCCCGCGCAGCCGACUGGCCCCCCCUCGUCUGACGGAGCUCCCCCCGGCCCCCCCCGCCCGGGGUCGCCCCCACGCCCCCGGCCCCAACCGCCACGGGCCCGCCUGCCGCGCGCGUCCCCACCCCCCGUGCUUGAGCGACCCCCGGCCCCCCCGUCCCCCCGGCCCCGUCGGCCCCCUGGUCCACACCGGGGCGCCCGAUCGCGCUACCCCCUCGUCCCCUCCGCGCUGUCAAGCAUGCAGGGUGCCUCCCACCCCCGGGCCCCCUCCGCUACGCUUGGGGGGUGCCGCCGCUCGCGCCAUCGCCCCCGCCACACCUACCCCGGCCGCGCCGGGCGCUCGACUCCCGACCCCCACCAAGCACUCAACCAGCGCCGGCCAGCCCCGGUCAGUCCAACGCACAGAACACGCGGGGGGACGACGCGCCCCGUCGCCCCACCGGGGGUGGGGGUGGGAGUCACCCACCCACAGGCGCCUGCACAAAACUGGCGCCCCAGUCACACCCGACCCUCCCGCGCAGGGCGCCACCACUUGUCCCACCCCCCCGCGAAGCCGGCCGCGCCCCCCGUCCGCGCCCAGCGCCCCCGCGCCCCCCCCUCACAGCCCGCCCCCGGGGGUGUGUGGUUGGGGGCUCUGUCCACCCCCUCCGGCGUCACGGGACGGGCCCAACAAGGGUGCGCGGGGCCCCGGCGUCCCGGGGCCCCCCCUUUCCGGCCCCCUCCCCCCCGGCCUGAACGCCUCUCCGCCCUCCGGGGGGUGGAGGGGGCCCCGACGGCCGCCCGGUCGCCCACGCGGGGACAACAAGAGCGUAUCCCCGCGCCCCGUCUCCGGGGCCCCCGGCACCGACCCCACCCACGCGGCCCGGGCGCAUGGCCCACCGUCGCACCGGGGCCCCCAAGGGGGGGUGGCAGGCGGCUGCUCCUCGCAUGCAUCCCCCGCCGUCCCGACGGGCCGCGCCGCCCCACGCCGGGCCUGGGCUCCGCCCCCCCCUGCGCCCGUUCCCCCCGUUCCGGCGGUCCCGUGGCCACCCCACCCGCCCUUCCCCCCGUUCCCCCUGUCGCCACCUGUCCCGCUCUCCCCUCCGCCCCCCCUAUCGUCCGGGCGCUCCCUGCCCGUGCACUCCCCGGGUGGUCCCGCCGCCGUGGUGGCUUGCCCCCCCCCCCGGCUAGGCCACUGGGCUAGCCUGGGGGGGGGGGGGGGGGGGGGUUGUCACACCCGCGGGCCGUGGCACCCCGACCCCGCCGCUACCCGGAUGCCCGCCGUCGGCCCCAGCCGGCCCACCCCCGGGGCGGGCAGCGGCCGGCGCCGCUCCCGGUGCAUGGCCCUCGACGCCGCGUUCCCGUUUCAACCCCGCACCCGCCGCGCCGCCCGCCCCCCGCCCCGAGGUGGCGUCCUCCCCCCGCCACCCCCGCGUGGCCUCGCCUCUUGCGCGCCGGCCGACCCCCCGCGCCCCCCCCCGGGCCCGACCUCGCCGCGCCCCCACUGA